UUCUUUACGUAAUUCAUAUUAUAGACUGAUUAGGCUGUAAAUGAAAUUUAUUAUAAAACCUUGGCCUGAUAAUGAUUUCUCUAUUUCAGUUUUCUUUGCAUGUUCAAAAUUCUAAUGAUAUAUGCAGUUAAACUUAUUAUUCGUAUAAUCGUUGCGAGAAAUUAAAAAGUCAUUAUCGCCUAAUCAUUCAAUUAUGCAAUGUUAGAUAAUGCAUUACAAGGAACAUAUAGGAUGAGUUGCUGUUACUCUACUAUCAGUAAAAUAGUGGAUAUAUUAAAUUAUUUGUCGCGUUUUAUUUGUGUGGAAACUAUAUAUAUUUGCACUUAUUUUAAUAUCUGUUUAUUUACUAAACAUACAACAUACAUUAUUUAUAUCAAGCAAAUGAGUUUAUGAAAAUGGCAUAUUACACCAAAGAUAAUAUUUUAAAAGAAACUAUUAUCCAAAUAUGUGCUGGAGGAUCAGCAGGUUUUAUUGAAGUUUGCAUAAUGCAUCCAAUGGAUCUUGUUAAAACACGUUUUCAGCUUCAAGUGAAGACAGCAAAGAUAGAUCCAUUGUAUUAUACAGGAAUUUGUGACUGUAUGACUAAAAUGUAUAAGACUGAAGGAUUAUCGGCAUUUUGGAAGGGAAUUUUACCCCCAAUAAUUGUAGAAACUCCCAAACGCGCGGUUAAAUUUUGUACAUUUGAGCAAUAUAAACAAUUUUUCUUAUUUGGCGCCAAUGCACCUACUCCAUUGACAUUUUCAUGCGCUGGUUUCUUAGCUGGUGUUACAGAGGCUAUAUUAGUCAAUCCAUUUGAGGUGAUCAAAGUAAAAUUACAAUCUAAUCGAAAGCAUAUCAAAGAAAGCCCAUCAACCUUCAUGGUAACGAAAGAAAUAAUUGUAAAAUAUGGUUUUGGUUUAAAUGGUCUGAACAAGGGGCUCUCAGCCACUAUAAUGAGAAAUGCAGUGUUUAAUUCAUUUUAUUUCGGUUUUUAUCAUUCUAUUAAAGAAUGUGUACCAGUUAAAAAAGAACCUUGGUUGGAAUUUUUUACUAAGAUUAUUAUAGGAUUUGUAUCAGGCAGUAUUGCUUCCUGUUUAAACAUACCAUUUGAUGUUGCCAAAAGUCGCAUUCAAGGAUCACAAGAUAGCACAAUAUAUAAAGGAACAUUGAAUACCAUGUACAUUAUUUACAAAAGAGAAGGAUUCAUAGCCUUAUACAAAGGCUUAAUACCAAAAAUAUUACGAUUAGGUCCAGGUGGUGCUAUUAUGCUUGUAGUGUAUGACUACAUGCAUGCAUUUCUUACCAAAAAGUUCAAACAUUAAUUUUUAUAUAUCUUGAAAAGUUGUGAAGUAACUCUGUCAUUCUCUAAAAAGAUGCAUUUGAUACACAUGCAUAUACAGAAAAUAAAGAAUUAUAUAAUUUCAUAUUUUGUGCCAAAAAUAAACUUUUAUAAUAAUUUUAA